UCGCAGUUCCCAACAACCCUAUUUGCCUCAGCGGGGCUGUUUAUCUCUUUCUCCGCUCUGCUCUAGGGUUCGUGCUAGCCGCUGGCCUGGGAUCCCUAAUCUAUUGCGAGACUGAGGAAUGUAUUCGUCAAUUCAUGCUUCGAUAUUUCAUUCAAUAUUUGAGGCUGGUGGUGGUUUUUAUUGGCUACGAUGACGAGUAACGCCAGCGACGGCGUUGAGGAGUCGCCGCCGGCGAAACGUGGAGAAUAUCGCGCUGGAUCUUCCACCGGCGUUACUGGCUCGGGGGAAGAGGCUGCUCUGGGUUCGGAUGGAAGUAGGGUUAGCGAUAAUGUGGAUGACUCUAGGGUUUUGAUGGUGGAGAGUGAAGUGAAUGCACGUGGCGAUGGUGGAAAUCAGGUGAGUUAUUCGACAUCGGGAAUGGUGGAGAAUCCGAAGAGUACGGAUUUGCAGAGUGAAAAACAGGAGCAGAAUGACGUCAGGACUGCGACGGCGAGUCACACCUCGAUUUUGUCUGAUUACAAUUCAUUUUUAUCUGCAUUUGACGAGUUUGCAUCCGAAGCAAAGGGUGAAGCCGUGGGGCAUGGGUAUUACAUCGGGGAUAUGGUGUGGGGGAAAGUAAAGUCUCAUCCAUGGUGGCCCGGGCAGAUAUACAACGAGGCAUUGGUAUCUCCAUCUGUUCGGAGGAGCAAGCACGAGGGCCAGAUUUUGGUAGCCUUUUUUGGGGACAACAGCUAUGGUUGGUUUGAUCCGGCUGAGUUAAUUCCAUUUGAGGAGAACUUUGCGGAGAAGUCGAAGCAAAGUGCCUCCAGGGCUUUGUUGAGUGCUGUGGAGGAUGGUGUGGAGGAAGUAACAAGGAGGAGGAGCUUGGGUUUGGCUUGCUACUGUAGAAAUGAGUGUAAUUUCCAGCCUUCGAGAGUGGAGGGCUAUUUUGUGGUGGAUUUGGGGGACUCGGAGUCGGGGGUUUACAGUUGGAGUCAGAUAAACAAGGCCCGAGAUAGUUUUCAGCCGAGGGAGAUGCUUUCGUUUGUAGAGCAAUUAGCUUUGCAGCCCAUGAAUCACCAGUUUUUGGAAAUCAACUUUAUCAAGAACAAGGCUACAGCUUUGGCAUGUAGGAGGGCACGUUAUGAGGAGUUUGAUGAGACAUAUGACCAGGCAUUUGGAUCUGCUCUUGUUCGCCCCCCUGGCCGCACCGUACCAACUGCUGCAGAUCCUUCUAAAGCACCAUUAAGUGGCCCACUGGUGAUUGCCGAGGCUCUCGGUCAGGGGAAACUCGCUGCAAAACCAGCAAAAACAAAGGGUCAAGUAGAAACAGAAAAAUAUCUAAUCAAAAGGCGAGGGGAACCAAUGCAGAUGAAGCGUGACAGUGCAGUUUUCGGCAUAGUCAGUGCCUCUCCCCACCUGCUUUCAGUUGAUAGUUAUGGCUUUUCCGGCAACGUAAUGCACCUAAGCCCAAGAGACCACAUUAACCAAUCUUCAGGGUUUACCAUCACUUACAAUCAUCCCCAACCUAAAACUCAUCAAGUAUCCAUCACCAGCGAUAUCAAACAUUCCGAAGGUUUCAAUAGGCAAGCGGAAGGUGGAAAGAAAGAGAUUAAGGUACUAAAGCGACCAGCAGGAGAAUUAAAUGCCGAGGGUGCAUCCCGGGUCGAGGGAAAGAAGAAGAAAAGGCAAGAAAUUAAAAGCGAAACCAUUGGGAAGUUCAAAGACUUACCACUUAAUGUCAAUAACAGUGCUACUCCAGUCGAUAACAAGCUAGAAAACAAGAAGAUUGAUUCUCCAGGCGCGUCUUUUCCAUCCCAAUCCCAGCAAAAAGCAGAUUUUGCAAAAUUGGAGCUCCAAAUGAUGGUAACCGAUCUUCGGGCCCUUGCUCUCAAUCCUUUCCAUGGAACAGAGAUGAGCUGCCCGGCCGUCAUCCGACAGGUUUUUAAAAAAUAUAGAUCCCUUGUGUAUCAGAAGAGCUUAGUGUCAUCCCCUCCACCCCAGCAAGGACCGAGCGAAAGAAACACGGUUAAAUCUCUUGCUGACAAAACUACCGACAAGAAGAUUGGGAAACCCUUAGUCAGGCAUGAUGACCCCUCGAGAAGCACAAAGAAGCGCGGUCCAUUUGAUCCCCCGAACAACACCGCCAAGAAAAAGAAGCUUGAUGCAAUGGAAGAGAUUAAGAAAAAGAAAAAGAUCGAUGAUUCAUCAUCUGGUACCACGAAGAAGAGGAUGGACGAGUCGAAGCCAGUAGCAACCGAAAGAAAGAUUUUACAGAAGCCUAGUGUAUUGCAACGGGUGGAGACGAAAGAAAAUGCGUCUAAAAUUGCAGCUGCUGCAGUGCCGCCAAAAUUGGCAAGACCCGAAUCGGGGGCUAAAAAUUCUACUGCAGUGCGACCCAAAUCUUUGAAAGUACACUCCAGCAGCAGGAUGGAACUCGGGGCAGCCAGAGUGCCGAUCCCGACUAUGCUAUUGAUGAAGUUUCCGGCGGAUGCACCGCUGCCAUCCGGCGCAGAGCUGAGAGCGAAAUUUGCUCGGUUUGGGCCGAUGGACCAUUCGGCCACGAGAGUGUUCUGGAAAACGCACAUGUGCCGAGUGGUCUUCUCCUACAAGAUUGACGCAGAAGCCGCCCUGAAAUUCGCCCUGGGGAGUAGCAACUUAUUCGGAAACACAAAUGUCAAGUGCUACAUCAAGGUGCGGGAAGCCGAGGCGGCGGAAAUUGAACCGAGCAAGAUUCAGGACGACACCGCAGCAGCCGUCGGAGUUACUUCUGCGCAAGCGGCAGCGGCAGCGCACCUCAAAUCGUGCCUGAAGAAGCCUUCCGGAGAGGAUGACAGCAACGGCAAUGGAAGGGGGCGGGUGAAAUUUGUGUUAGGCGGGGAUGACGGUAGCGCAAGGGGUGAGAGUAAAAUCAAGAAAAUGUCGACACAACCACCGGCAGGGGCACUGCCACUGCGACGACCACCACUGCCGCCACCGGAGAGGGAGAGAGAAGGUGUCGAAGACGAUGGUGACGUGUCGCGGCAGAUGGUUAGGCUACUGUUGAAAUGCAAUGAUGUGGUUAGGAAUUUGAGUAGUUUGUUGGGAUACAUGCCUUAUCAGCCCCUCUAGUCUCUCUGCUCUUUCUUUCUAUAUGUGAUUCAUCUGUGUUUGUUGUGUUGUGUUAUAUAUGAAUGAACAAGGAAUUAGGAAGGAAGGAAUUCAUGGAUUCAUAUAAUGAUCAUUUUGUGUUGUGUUUUUAUUUGAAUUUUGCAAA